AUGGGGACUACAGGACUUCAGUUCACGUUAUGGCUCAUCUACCUGACGCUGCUGGUCAGCUCACUCACUCAGACUGGUAAUUCAUCUCACAUCGGCCGAGUGUGCACGACUUGGGGACACUAUCACUGGAAGACCUUUGAUGGAGAGUUCUUCCAGCUUGCCUCUACUUGUAACCAUGUUGUGGCAUCACAGUGUAAAGGCAGCUAUGAGAAUUUCAACAUCCAGAUGAGACGCAAAAUAGUCAACGACAUCCCUACUAUCAGCAAGAUCAUCAUCAAGCUGGAAGGUUCUGUGGUGGAGCUGUCCAGCAGUGCUGUGAUUUUCAAUGGCAAGACCGUGUCACUGCCAAUGGUCUCAUUCGGGGUGACUAUUAAGGGGUCCACAUCCAGUAUCAUUGUUGAAACUAAGCUGGGAAUCAGAUCUGUCUGGAACCUGGAUGACUCUCUGGAUCUUGAAAUAGAUGACAAAUACCAGAACCAGAUCUGUGGACUGUGUGGAGACUUUGACGGUGUAGCCAAUGAGUUGGUGAAAGACGGAGUUUCACUGUCUGUGUCAGACUAUGCUGAGGCCUACAAGGUGAAUGAGGCAACAGAGACCUGUGAGGAGCCUGAGCUCAACCCAGUCCUGAGCUGUGGAGAUAAGAAAUUCUGUGAGCAGUUCUUCUCCAGUGAUCCAUUCAGCAGUUGCCAAAACCUUCUGGAUUUGGAAUCCUUCAGUAAAGCCUGCAUGGCUGAUAUGUGCAACUCUAAAGACAACACUGACUCUGUCCUCUGUAAAACCAUCUCAGAGUUCUCCAGAGAGUGUGUCCAUGCAGGCGACAAAGAAUGUCCUUACAACAUGGAGUUCACAGAGUGUAGCAGCUCUUGUCCUGACAGCUGCUCCAACCCUCAGGCCAGCCAGACAUGUGACAGUCACUGCCAGGAUGGCUGCAGUUGCCCUGCUGGAACGGUCUUCGAUGAUAUCAGUAACACUGGCUGUAUUACAGCAGAGCAGUGUCCAUGUACACACAACGGCAAAGCCUAUAAGUCAGGAGAGUCUUACUCUUUCAACUGUAGAUCCUGUGUGUGUCAGAGUGGCCAAUGGAAAUGUACAGAGGAGAACUGUCCAGGAACCUGCUCUGUGGAGGGAGGAGCCCACAUCAACACCUUUGAUGGGAAAGUCUAUACCUUCCAUGGGGACUGCUCCUAUGUUAUGGCUAAGCAAAGUAAUGGCUCUGCAUACACUGUACUGGUGGAUCUGGUCAAGUGUGGUCUGGCUGACAGUAGGACCUGCCUCAGAGCUGUAACUCUGGCCUUAUACGGAAAUUCUGUGGUUCUGAAAAUUCAGGAAUCUGGGCAGGUCUAUGUGAACCAGAUUGUGUCUCAGCUUCCACUGUUUACACCUGAGCUGAGUGCCUUCAGGCCAUCAUCUUUCUACAUCGUCAUCAACACCAAGGUGGGCAUACAAAUGAUGGUCCAGCUGUCCCCCAUGAUGCAGGUCUUCAUCUCAGCUCACCCUUCACUCAAAGGAACCACCUCUGGUUUGUGUGGGAACUUCAACAACAAAAUGAGUGAUGAUUUCAGGGUGAUGAAUGGGCUGACGGAGGGUACUGCUGCAGCCUUUGCCAACACUUGGAAAACCAGAGCCAGUUGCCCUGAUGUCACCACACGCUUUGGACACCCCUGUAGCCAGGGCAUCAGCAAGGAGAGUUAUGCCCAGUACUGGUGCUCCAAGUUAACAGAUCCCAAGGGAGUGUUUGCUCGUUGCCACUCUGUCAUCAGUCCUGACAUAUACAAAGAUAACUGCAUGUAUGACAGCUGUAACUGUGAGAAAAGUGAGGACUGCAUGUGUACUGCAGUGUCCUCCUAUGUCUAUGCCUGUUCAGCAGCAGGAAUCCAUAUCACCGGCUGGAGGGCAACCAUCUGUGGUAAAUUCAGCACAUCUUGUCCUGCUGGAUCAGUGUAUGACUACAAAAUGACCUGCUGUGGUCGUACCUGCCAUUCCCUCAGUCAGGUUGACUACUCCUGCCAGACCAGCUUCACCACAGUGGAUGGCUGUGGCUGUGCCGAGGGAACCCAUAUGAACGAGGAAGGCCAGUGUGUGGCCAAGACAAGCUGUCCCUGCUAUGAUAAAGAUACCAUUAUUCCUGCUGGACAGGCUAUCACCAAAGAUGGCGCCACAUGCAUCUGCAGACAAGGAGCUCUCAGCUGCUCAGGAGGGAAACGACCACAAUCCUCUACAACAUGCAUUGCCCCCAUGGUUUACUUUGACUGCUCCACUGCUCAGCCUGGGACAACUGGGACUGAGUGUCAGAAGAGCUGCAACUCUCUGGACAUGGGUUGUAUCAGUACUGGCUGUAUAUCAGGCUGCAUGUGCCCUGAUGGCCUGGUGUCAGAUGGAUCAGGAGGUUGUAUCAAAGAGACCAACUGUCCAUGUCUGCACAAUGGACAGGUGUACCAGCCUGGACAGACGCUGACUGUGGACUGCAACACCUGCUAUUGCAGUGGCAAGACAUUCAGAUGUACCACCAAUGUGUGUGAUGCAGUUUGUGGGAUCUAUGGUGAUGGCCACUACACCACAUUUGAUGAUAAGAGGUUUGACUUCAAUGGACAGUGUGAAUAUACACUCCUCCAGGACUACUGUGGUUCUAGUCAGGGCAGUGGAAGCUUCCGAAUUAUCACUGAGAAUGUUCCAUGUGGGAGCACAGGAACCACCUGCUCCAAGACCAUCAAGAUUUUUGUUGGGGAUAAUGAAUUCCAGCUUAAAGAUGAGAACUUCCAGGUGGUAAAGGGCAGCAGCCAGGUGUUACCUUCUCAGUUACAGAAGAUGGGUAUUUAUCUGGUAUUGACAGUCAAACCAGGACUUGUGCUCAUGUGGGACCAGAAGACCAGUCUUUUUAUUAAACUCAGUCCAAAGUAUGAGGGUAAAGUAUGUGGUCUGUGUGGAAACUACGAUGGUAACAGUAAGAAUGACUUCACCACACGCUCCCAGGAGACAGUAGCAGAUGUUUUACAAUUUGGCAAUAGUUGGAAAGCUUCAUCCAGUUGCCCCAAUGCCCAACUCCUCACUGACCCCUGUGCUUCCAACCGCUACCGGGCAGCCUGGUCCCAGAAACAGUGUAGCAUCAUCACCAGUGCCACCUUCAAGAGCUGUCAUUCAAAGGUUGACCCAGGGCCAUUCUUCGAUUCUUGUGUGAGAGACUCUUGUGCUUGUGACACCGGUGGGGACUGUGAGUGUCUCUGCACUGCUGUGGCUGCCUACGCCAAAGUUUGUAAUGAAGCUGGAGCGUGUGUGAAAUGGAGAACUCCCAAGCUGUGCCCUAUUUUCUGUGACUACUAUAACUCCCCUAAUGGCUGUGAGUGGCACUACAAGCCUUGUGGCGCUGACUGCAUGAAGACAUGUAGGAAUCCAUCAGGAAACUGUUCCAACCUCAUCAAUGCCCUGGAAGGCUGCUAUCCACAGUGUCCACCAACCCAGCCAUUCUUUGAUGAAGACACAAUGAAGUGUGUCACCUGGGGCCAAUGUGGCUGCUAUGAUGACAAAGGCACCCAUUACAGCAUUGGAGAGAAGGUUCCGUCAGACGAAUGUACCACUUGCUCCUGCACAGUCUCUGGAAUAAGGUGCAACUACGAUGUGAACUUUUGCACAUGCUUCAUUAAUGGAAAAAUCUACAAAUAUGGGGCUACCGUCUACAACACAACGGAUGGAUUAGGACACUGCAUCACAGCUGUGUGUGGGCCAAAUGGCACCAUAAUCAGAAACAUCUUCCCAUGCUUAACCACUACCACUGCUGUCCCAACAACAACUCCCUUUAGAUUCAGUACAGCUAUAAAAACAACGCCAGUCCACUCCGUGUCCCACAACACCGAUACCCAGCACAACUGUACAUUCUACAGUGAUCAUCACCACUACAAAAUCAACCUUUUCUACCACCACAAGAAUUCCUACUUCCACUCCAUCAACAACUACCCUGGACUGCAGUGA